AAUUUGGAUAUCCUGGAUCAGAUUCUCCAUGUUCUCAGCAAAUCAGUGACUCUGGAAGAGCUGGUGUUGGAAAACUGUGGCUUGAAGUUGUAAGCAGAAAAAGUCUGGAGGUUUCAUUAUUAAUAUAUAGUGAAUUCAUAAUAAAUGGUGGUUGCUGUUGGGAGUGGGACACUGCAUGACAACAGGUACACUUUUUUUAACACCAUGCAACAAACAGCUUCAUAAUAUAUUAGCAUGCUGUGGCAAUGAUCAGACCAGUUAUUUAGGAUUGAGCAAAAUGUCCAGCAAAAGAAUUAGGGAUGUUAUGGAAUCUUAGUUGAUUAAUGAAAUGAGUUUAAAUGCAUGUCGUAAACCAGUCUUCACCAACCAGGUGCCCUCCAUAUGUUUUGGACUGCAACUCCAGCCAGCAUGGUCAUACACAGUUGUGAUUUAAAAGAUCCAGAAGGCACUGCAAAAUCCCGCGGAAGAUGGACAGCAUUGUGCCAGUCACACACAAAGUGGCAGAUAAACACCAGUUUAAGAUAUAAGUGCAGCACACACCAACAAGCUUGAACAGUAUACAGAUUGGAAAAAUGAAUACUUAAAGCUAUGAAUAGGAAUGUGUCAGGAAGUAGAGCAUGAGUUCUAAGCUCUGCCACUUAAUUGUCUCCAUGCCUCCUGCUGUGGUAACCAGAACUAUUUCUGAUCUUCUCUGACCUUCUGUUUCUUCCAAGAGAAGAACUCAAGAAGACUUGAGUAGGAGUUUGUGCUGCACACAUGUGGGUUUAAAAAGAUCCUCAUGGGCAUCCCACCAGAAUAUUUUCAGUCAGAUUGACUUUGACCUUCAGUAUGGGCUAAAUUUGCAAACCAUGCACCAGUUAGUAGGCAGGUCCGGAAGUUCAUAUUUUGGUCAUAAUGUUGAGUGUUCCACCAACCUCUGGCAAGUUUAGGAUGCUACCAGGUUGCCCCCUAAUCUUGGAACUGGAGUGGGCGUCAUGGAUCAUCCUGACCAUUGUGCUCCACUUAACAUAUCUAAAGGGAGGGUUCCCCUCCCCAGUCUCAAGGUCAGGAGGAGACCUUAGCAACACAGAACCAAAAUAGAGCUGGGACUUGCUUCAGGCUGGGACUUGCUUCCAUGCAAUGUGUUUCCAGUGAUGAGUUCUCCAUCUCAUGCUCCGUGGCUGGAGUUGAGAGGAGAAUAAGGAAUUGUUCCUGAUCUUGCACUGUGCAGCACAAAAUCGGGAACAAGGUAUCAACCCUUGGGAGAGGAGCAAGUUCUUAGUGACCACAGAUGUUUGGUUGGCACGAAGGGAAGUCAAAAUGUGUGAGGUACUAUUAUUUUCAUCUGUGGGCUUGUUACUGUGUGAAAUCUUUUUCCCUUGCAGUGAUUUUGCUCAACGGAUGGCCCAGGUGCUUCACAAUAAUCCAAGCAAUACCUUAAACAUGCUUAAUCUUUCUGGAAACCUGCUUGAGGACCGAGGUAUAAUUGCUCUGAGCCAGAACUUAGAGCAAAGCAUCAAGGGCUUCCAAAGCUUGAACUUUGCUAGGACCUCCUUGACUCCAAAAGGAAUGUUGGCCCUUUGCCAAUCUCUAGGCUCCAAUAGACUAUACAGAACUACUCUGUGCCACUUGGACCUUUCUGGGAACCCAGGGAGCCUGGCCACUGAAGGUGCAGACGGCUUGUUUUCUUUCCUGAGUCAGCCAAAUGCUUUAGGUCACCUUGAUCUCUCUGGGACAGCCUGCGCUUUGGAUGUGCUUUUUGAUGCCUUGGGUGCUGGUUACUGUGAAAGCCUAAUCCACCUGAACUUAUCCAAGAACGUUUAUACACACAAAAAGAACAGUGAUGUUCCUGUUGGAAUCAGCAAUUUCUUCAGCAAAGCCUCUGCUCUCCAACAUGUUUCAUUGGCUGGAACCAAGUUACCAACAGAGGCUUUGAGAGCUUUGCUGCAGGCCUUGGCAUAUAACCACCAAUUGAGUGGUCUCCACCUGGACCUCAGUAGCUGUGAGCUGAAAUCAGCAGGUGCCCAGGUGAUCCAGGAUCUUGUUUCAGAUGCCAGCUCAAUCAAGGAGUUGAAUUUAUCCGACAAUGGCUUUGAUUCUGACAUGGUGACACUGGUGCUGGCCAUCGGUAGAAGCAGAUCCAUCAAGCAUGUUGCACUAGGAAAAAACUUUAAUAUCCGGUCCAGGGAGACCCUAGCUGAUGCUUUGCACCGAAUUGUUCAGCUAACUCAAGAUGAUGACUGUUCUGUCGAAUCCCUAUCAGUGGCAGAAUCUCGCCUGAAACUGGGAACCAGUGUUAUCCUAGAUGGUUUGAGAAGCAGGAGCAGUUGUCUUGUCAUGCUGGAUAUCAGUGGUAAUGCUAUGGGAGACGUGGGUGCCAAAAUACUGGCAAAAGCUUUGUCAGUGAACACAACACUCAGGACGUUAAUUUGGGACAGGAACAACACAACAUUGUGUGGAUUCCUUGAUGUUACUCGUGCCUUGCUAAGGAAUUUCACUCUAAAAGCUAUGCCCUUGCCCAUAACUGAUGUGGCCCAGGCUCAUCGAAGCCAUCCAGAGAAAAUGGAGGAAGUUGUGCACAAGAUACAGUCUUACCUCGCAAGGAAUCAGAUUCAAGAGACCUUGCCCAAGGAGAGAUGCCGGUUACAGCCAGACAGUACAGCCAGCUCUUCUGCACAGGCACUGAAGGAUGCAUCCCAGUCUGUGCAUAAGUGCAUUGAAAUGCUGAGCUCUGUUCAAGAUGUGGAAGUUAAAGCAGACAUCCUAUGGGCAGAGGAGACCAUCAAGGAUGCAAGCCUUUCAAUCAGUGUUUUGCCUAUUUUGUAUGAGGCAGGAAACCCUGUGCAGCAGAACAGCAAGCUUCAGCACAAGCUGGAGAGUUUCAUUGAAGAAGUCUCUCAGACUUGCAGCAGUGACAUCCAGACCAUCAUGCAUGCCUCAUUGGUUGCCACUCAGAGUUUGUGCCCCAAACUCAUGCAGAAAAAUGACUUUCAGGACCACCUGAUCGCCAGCGUGCCAAAGAAGAUGCUCCUUGACCAGCUUUUGACUGAGAUGUACAGCAGGCUCACGGAGAUCCAGCAGUCAGUCACUGAGGCCAUGGUCAAUGGUAUUGCUGAUAAAAUUCUGGAGGAGUUAGCCACCGUUCAAGGCAAGCUGGCAAAACACCUCUCAAAACUAGCCCAGGAGCCACAGGUGAUGAAUGCUGCAGACUGGAACACUUUCCAACAGGGGCACAGAAGCCUGUGGGAUGUUGUUGAGAAGGACUUCCAAAAGGAGGAGUACAAGAUGGCUGCCCAAUGGAAGCACAGCUGUUCCACAAGCAUUCUGCCAACUCCUGGACUAAAUGGUCUAUCGGAACUCGAUUUUAAGGUAGAGGCAGAAGAUAACAAGAUUGGGGCUCCCCAGGCUGAGCUGUCACUCAGCCGUGCCUCCGUGAAGUCACGCCCUGCCUCCACAAAGGAUGCUGAAGCUGGGAGCAGGCUGCUUCCUUGCACAGAGCCUGCAUCCGCACAAUCCCUUAUGGACCUGCCGACUGCAGGAGAGAAAUUGGAGCAUUAUACCCGAGACAGGCCCAGGCCCAACCGCAGGAACAGGCAGCCCCCCAGCAAGCCAAAUGUGCAGCCUCCUGUGCGUGAGAAUGAUGAAGACAGAAGCAUCGCUAGGCUGGAUGAAGGGCUAGAUGAGUUUUUCACAAAGAAGGUGAUUCAUGAGCAUUUACAGCCUGCAUCAUUGGAAUCCUGCCUGGCAGCAGCCACGCCAACAACACCAUCUGGUUCUCGGACCUUGAAAAAGAAAAUUGGACACUUCUUUGCCUUCAAGAAGCCGAAGUCAAGCCGGGGUUCCAGGCCAGAGAAAGAGCCCGAGGGUAGUCCCUCAGCAACAAGGGGCAGGAAGCUGAUGCUUAGUGACAUUUUAAGGGCCCCCAGCAAAGCCAGCGAGCCAACUAAAGCACUAAGCAAGUCUGAGGAAGGAGGGCUGGCUUUGGAGAGCAGAGGUUACCUGGAGCAAAGCCAAACUCCAGACAGUGCUCGAAGGGCCAGGCCAAAAUACUCCAGGGAGGGGAAGUCCCAGUCCCUGAUUCUUCUGUCAGGCGAAGAUGAAGAGGGUCUUGGUGUGAGACAUGAGAAGAAGAGGCCCUUUGAGAAGAGUGAUGGUGAACUGCCCAGCUCCUUUGAACAACGUGUCCAUGUCAUGCUGCAUCGGAUUGGUGUCACUAAGGUGUUAUCCACUGAAGGUAAAAAGAAACAGAGCAAAGAUGGGGAGAUUAAGAAAGCUGGUUCUGAUGGGGAUAUUGUGGACAGUUCAGCGGAAUCUCCUCCUUGCCCCUUGAAAUCACGCACACACUCCAUGUCCACAGAUCCCUCCGUGCGGCUAGGUCCUGCUGAUGCUGCUGGCAGAACAGGUACAGAACCCAGUGGAGGAUCCAGUGAGGGGAGACUAUCCUGGAAAGCUCUUGGGAAGCAACUCAAUGUAGAGCUCAAGGGCAAGUGUUCAGAACUCAGCUCUUCGCCAAGAAGAGCUUUUGCCGUACAAGAGCCAGCCAGCCCAAGAGAGCAGAAAGCAAAAGAGAGCUGGAGCAGCAGUUUGCCCAGGAUUGGGAGAAGCACAGCAGGCCCUCUUCCUAUGCGGAGGACUAGCAAUGCUGGAGAAGGACGAGCAUUUGCCGAGCUACAGAAUUCAUAUGCUGACGUAAACGUGAUUGCUGGAGACAAUCAACUCAUACCCAAAUCUCGUCUGAAGCCUGUGGCAAACCGGAGGGCCAUGUCUGUUCACGAAGAACAGCUCAGGGACCAGGCCUGUGCAGCAGAGCUGCACCAUGCAAAGCUUCCUCUUUGUCUGCAGCGCUCCCCAAUUGUGAAAUGGAAGAUUAAGCCCAAGUCCUUGUUGGAGCCCGGGACAUCUACACCAUCUGACUCACCAAGCACUCCACGCCAAGGAAGGAACAAGGAACUCACAGAGGCAAAGCCAAAAGCAGAAAUGGAAGAAGAGUUGCAACAAGCUCUGGAACAAACUCUAGAGAACGCACAAAAUACAGCCCUAGACCAAAGAACUGCUGUGCCACUCUCCAAGUCACCAACACAAGAGCACUGAGUCAGUGGCUGGUGAUUCUGCAUGAUGGCAGCUCACACAAAUGAGCACAGAAGACAGGCUUAUAACUUGAAGCAGCAGAACAGCCAUCUGAGGAGGUGCAAGCAAUUCAGCACAGGGCCAAGCAAGCCCCAUCAUGGCUCCUUGGUUGGUAGAGCUGGUGUUUCCAGUGAGAUAAAGUGAUGUCAAAACUCUUGCACGUUUGGGUUGUCCCCUUUUCACCUUUCACCCUUGUAUACUCUCAUGUAAGUGCCCAGUGUUCUAAUGGUUCACAUAGGAAAAGCCAAAUGCUGAGUAUGCAGGAAACCGGCUAUUUCCAGCAAGUUAUACAGCUGGCAGCUGGUGCAGAUGCAAAAAUGUGUAGUGCCAGAAACUGAGAACCACCAGCAGGAGGGUUGGGUGGGGGGCUAUUUUAUAUACACUAAACUUGCCUGCCUUGCAUUGUACUUUUCAGGAGUGUGAAAUUUGGACAGCUUGGGGUUUGCAGAAAAGGUUAAAAGCGCCACAAAGCCAGGUUGGUCUGUCUCAUAUUGACAAUCUUGCUCCGUCCUUUAGCCUGCAUCAUUUCUGUUCCUAGGAUUCCACUUCUGCCAUAUCUUUCUAUAGCCUUCGUAUUGCCUAGGGGGAAAACUCUAUUCUAGGCAAAUAACCAUUGGCAUCAGUUAGGUGUUUGGCAUGAAUGAGGCAUAAGGGGAGGGUGUGAUUUGGCAGCUUUCAGCAAGUUAUAACUAAUAAAGAAGUUUCAGCUCCUCUGUUCCACAAUUAAAUGAGGAUGAUAACUCAAAUCAGCA